AUGAAAAACAAUAAUAAUAUUAAUGAAUGGCCGUUACUACCACCUGCUGUACAUGAUACAUUAUCUUAUUCAAAAUAUUCUAAAGGUUAUUUAGAUGAUACAAUUAAUCUUCAGGUUCACUUAAAUAGAUUCGAACAGGAAUGUUAUGAAGCUAAACAAAAUUAUGAUAAAAAACAUAAUGCUAUUAAAACAAAAAUUAAUUCAUGUUUAAAUCAAAUACAAUCAAUGAUGAAUUGCUUCUCAUCAACAAUACAACGUCAAAAUGAAAUGAUGUAUGUACUAAAAGCAUCAUUAAAUGAAUGUUUAGAUAUUAUUAAAAUUUCAAAUCAAGCAAUAUGCUUAAUGAUGACUAAAUCUGGUGAUCAACAAUAUACCAAGAUGAUCGAACAAUUAACAACAAUUCCAUUUGAUGAACGUCAAGCAACAAUUAAUAAAAUUUUUUCUGCUUAUACUCCAUUAAUUGAAGAUAUUACAACGAGAAUAAUGGACGCUGCUCAACAUCUAAUAAUCAACAAUGACUAA